AUGAAUACCUGGCUAAAAGUUUUAAUUGGUGUCCUUUCAGGAGCAGCAGUGUUUACUGCUGGAAUUCUCAUAGGACAUUAUGGCAUGUAUAGGGAGCCAAGCUGGGCCAAGGGUCUAAUUCAAGAUGUUGAUGAAUCCCUCUUGGAGCAAUUUAUGAAAGAAAUUGACAACAAAAAGAUAGAGGAAAAUUUACGGGCACUGACAAAGAAACCGCACAUGGCGACACAAGAAGGAGAUAAUGACCUUGUCAAUUUAAUUCUGGAACGAUGGAAAGAUCCAAACAGUGGUUUAGAUGAAGCAAAGAAAGACACAUAUGAUGUAUACCUUUCUUUUCCUGAUGCAGAAAAGCCAAAUAAUGUUGCUGUUGUGCAAACAAAUGGCACCACAAUCUUCACAACGAGAAUUAAAGAGAAGAAUUACACAGCAGAUCAGUUGGACAUGGAUGUAGUUCAGCCAUAUGCUGCAUAUGGGCCUGCAGGGAAUCCUAAGGGCAAACUAGUCUUUGCAAAUCAGGGAAAAAUCAGUGACUUUGAAUACCUCAGUCAAAGUAUAAAUCUAACAGGCACGAUUGCCAUAGUUCGGUAUGGGGGUGCUGGCAGAGGUGCAAAGGCAAUUAAUGCAGCCAAGUUUGGCGUGAUCGGAAUUAUUAUAUAUACAGACCCUAAAGAAAUGAAUGAUGGCAAAGUGUCUGAGACUGAGACUUAUCCUAAUUCCUGGUACCUUCCUCCAUCAGGAGUGGAACGUGGAUCCUUCAAUGGAUACUUUGGGGACCUACUAACACCUUACUACCCUGCUAAAGAAUUCACAUACCGAAUGGAUGAAUCUGAAAUUAGAGAUUUACCCCCUAUUGCAACACAGCCAAUUGGAUUUGAAGAUGCUAAGACUCUGAUUUGUGCAUUGAGUGGAGCUGAUGCCCCUAGUGAUUGGCAAGGUGGUCUUGGUUGUACAUACAAAGUAGGACCUGGCUUUAUGUCAAGCGGCCUGUACAGUGGAAGUGAUGUCCAAGUGAAUGUGUAUAACAAGGCAAUGGUUAAAAAGUCUGAUAAUGUCAUGGGAAUAAUACAGGGCAGUGUUGAACCUGAUAGGUAUGUUAUAUAUGGCAACCACAGGGACAGCUGGGUCCAUGGAGCAAUAGAUCCCAGUAGUGGUACAGCAGUGAUGCUGGAAAUUUCCAGAGUGUUAGGAAAAAUGGUGAAAACAGGUAAAUGGCGCCCAAGGAGAACCAUCAUUUUUGGAAGCUGGGGUGCAGAGGAAUUUGGUCUUAUUGGCUCAGUAGAAUACACAGAGGAGUACUACAGCCUUCUGAGAGAAAGAACAGUAGCCUAUAUCAAUGUAGACAUCUCAGUAUUUGCAAAUGCCACAUUUUCAGCUGGAGCAACACCACCUGUGCAAAAUGUCAUUUUCACAUCUGCUAAACAGGUAACAAUUCCUGGAGAUAAAUCCACGUCUGUUUAUGAAAACUGGAAGAAGUACAGUAACAGAACCAGUAGUGUCCAUGGACUUAUCCCCAGAAUUGGGAAUCUUGGAGCAGGCAGUGAUUAUGCCUCAUUUAUUCAUUACCUGGGUAUUACCUCCAUGGACCUUUCAUAUACCUAUGACAAGAGUAAAACAUCAGCUCGGAUCUAUCCUGCAUACCAUACAGCUUAUGAUACAUUUGAUUAUGCUGCUAGGUUCAUUGAUCCAGGGUUUACUAGUCAUCAAACAGUAGGUCGAACUGCUGGGAAUAUUUUGCUGAGGUUGGCAGACAGCUUGAUUAUACCCUUCGAUGUCACUGACUACACUGAAACACUUGAAGCGUACGUCAAAACAGCCAGUGAAAGCUUUGGCACUGUCCUGUCCAAUAAGAAUAUUAGUCUGGCUCCUAUCAACGAUGCCCUUGCAAAGUUUAAAACAGCUGCUUCUAAUCUGAAACAGAAAAUAAGUGAAUUAAAGAACCUAAAUGAAAUACCUCUAACAGUCCGAAGAAUAAAUGACCAAUUAAUGCUACUGGAGCGUGCAUUUCUUGACCAUAGGGCGUUCCCUGAAAAAUAUUACUACAGUCAUGUGAUUUGGGCAUCCAAGACAUCAAGUGUACCAACUUUCCCUGGUCUGGCAGAUGCUUUUGCAAAAGCCGAAGAAACAAAACUUGACGAUGACUGGAAGCAAGUGAAUAAACAUGUCACAAUAAUUGUGCAAGCCAUAGAAAGUGCUGCCCACAUCCUGGAAGUUGUAGCUUAUCAUCAACUAAAACAGAGCAAGGAAAAUGGUUCUGCCUCAAAUGCAGGAACCACGUUAAAGCCCAUUUUAGAGUGGUUUGUGAUUCAAAGCAUUUUGGUUGCAAUUCUGAAACAGCUUCAGCAAGGACAGCAAGGUCCAGAACCACAGUUUCCAGAACCUCAGGCAGGGCCAGCAGCUCCAGCAGAUGCAGAUGAGCAGUCUGAGGGAGAACCACCAGCUACAGGUCAUGCUGGCAGAUCUGCAGAAGAGAUAGCAGAAAACAAUGAAGCACAUCAGGACAGAUGA